AGUGAAAGAUAAAGUAAGUGCGUGAAGCCAGCGCUUGAAUUGGGCCAACUCCUUUCCUGCGAAGAAUCUGCUUGUUUGGCAAGAAGGCAAAUUAUUAAAAGAAGUGGAUGAUCAUCGUUAACAAUUCAGAGCGAACGAUCCUCGGUAAUAAGUUUGCUGGCUCGUCAUUCUGGGCUGUUUGCCGGACCUAACCUAGUCAAAGCGUGGGUUAACGCGUCCGUCAUACAAAAUGUCGCAGAAAAUUAAGAAAUUAUCCUCGAAAGCAUCAUCUACGACGACGACGACGGCGAAAACGGAGCCACCAGCGGUUAUUGCCGAGACGUCCUCUGUAUCGUCUUCCGGUUCGACUGUUUCCAGUCCGUCAGAUGUAGCCGGGGUCGAGACGGCGUUGAGCCCAUCGCGCCGUAGCCGGUUGCGAGAGAAGAACAAUUUGAUGAACCUAAACGAUCGGUUGGCGUGCUACAUCGAGCGGGUCCGUUACCUAGAGCAGGAAAAUUCACGCCUCUUGCACGAGCUGUCCACACUGCAGGACACGGCCAACCGGGAGGUAUCCGGACUGAAGGCCAUCUACGAGCACGAGCUGACCGAUGCGCGCAAACUGCUUGACGAGACGGCCCGUGAUAAGGCUAGGCUUGAGAUCGAAGCGAAACGUUACUGCGAGGAGAAUGAGCAGCUGCGUAUGAAGUUGAACCGCCGUACUAAGGAGCUGAGUGAGCUGGAGAAGGAUGCACGUGUGCACGAGUCGCGCUGCAUCGAGCUGACCGCUAGCUACAACACGAUCUGCUCCGAGCGGAAGAAGCUACAGGAGGAGCUCAACGAGGCAGAGAAGGAAGCGGAAAAGCUGCGCCGUACCUUCGACACGAUGCGCAAGGAGUACGAGCACGAGACGCUGGUACGCGUUGAUCUGGAGAAUAACAUCCAGAGUCUGCGCGAGGAGCUCACGUUCAAGGAGCAGGUCCACAGCCAGGAGCUGAACGAGAGCAAGCUGCGACGACAGAACGAAAUCAGCGAAAUGGAUGGCUACCUAAUGGAGCAGUAUGAGACGAAGUUGCAACAGACGCUACAGGAACUGCGCGAUCAGUACGAGCAUCAACUGCGCAUCAAUCGCGAGGAAAUAGCCGGUUUGUUCGAGGGUCGUAUCCACUCGUUUGAGGAACGAUUGGCGCUUGAGCGUAAGCGCCACGAGGAGGAAAAGGGUAAAAUGGCACAAGAGAUCGAUAGGAUGCGCAACGAUAUGGCGGUCCAGCUGAAGGACUAUCAGGAUCUGAUGGACAUCAAGAUAUCACUCGAUCUCGAAAUAGCAGCGUACGAUAAGUUGCUAUCAUCGGAGGAAUCGCGACUCAACAUCACACCGAGUGUGACGAGCACGACGAGCGCUUCGCGCCUCUUCCGUACCCCGUCCUCGCUAAAGCGGAAACGGAAUGCACUCGAUGAAUCGCUCGACUAUUCGAUCGUGACUUCGGCCAAAGGCGAUCUGGAGGUUAGCGAGUGCGAUCCCGAGGGCCGGUUCGUACGGAUUCAGAACAAGUCGAAACAGGAGUACCCACUGGCAGGUUGGCAGCUAGUGCGCCGUCCUCAUGAUGCCCCCGAGGUACGGUUCAAGUUUGGCAAAGGCAGUAAAAUCGAGGGCAACGGUAUGGUAACGGUUUGGGGUACGGUCGCCAAUCGUAAAUCGGAUCCACCAAUCGAUCUAGUUAUGAAAAGCUCACUCUGGACGGUUACCGAUACGAUGGUGACGACACUCCUCAAUGCUGAGGGUGAAGAGGUGGCCCUGGUCGAGCGACAGCGUACAAGUAAAGUGCCAAAGGAUAAGUACUUCCACGAGGAAACCGGUGGUCGUAUCGGGGUGUCCUAUUCCGCUGGUCAGCAUACGAAGCGAUCGCCUCCCAACAGUAGUAGCAUGCAGGUAGCAAACGGAUCGCACGGCAAAACCGACGAGCAGUGCAGUAUCAUGUGAGCAGCUGUC